AUGGGGAACUUAAAGCAAAAUUCAGAUAUAAUCAGGCAUGAGAGAAUUUGUGCAGGAAAGAAACCUUGGAAGUGCAAUGAGUGUGAGAAGGCCUUCAAUUACUACUCAGCUUUUGUCUUGCACCAGAGAGUUCACACAGCAGAAAAACCCUUUGAAUGUAAUGAAUGUGGGAAAGCCUUCAGCCAGAGCAUACACCUUACUCUUCACCAGAGAUUUCACAGUGGAGAGAACCCCUGUGAAUGUCACCACUCAGCCCUUAUUCGGCAUUAUAUAAUUCAUACUGGAGAGAAGCCCUAUGAGUGCAGUGAAUGUGGGAAGGCCUUCAAUCAGAGCUCAUACCUCAUGCAGCAUCAGCAGAUUCACACUGGAGAGAAACCUUAUGAGUGUAAUGAGUGUGGGAAAGCCUUAAACCAGAGCACAUUCCUUACCCAGCAUCAGGUCAUUCACACUGGAGAGAAACCUUACAAGUGUAACAAAUGUGGCAAAGCCUUUAGUGACCACUCAGGCCUUAUUCAACACCAGAGAACUCAUACUGGGGAGAGGCCUUAUGAAUGUAAUGAAUGUGGGAAAGCCUUUGGCUACUGUUCAGCUCUGACUCAGCACCAGAGAACUCACACUAGGGAGAAAUCCUAUAAAUGCAGUGAUUGCACCAAGGCUUUCAGUGACUACUCAACCCUUAUCCAUCAUCAGAGAAUACACACUGGCAAGAAACCUUACAAGUGUAAGGACUGUGGGAAAGCUUUUAGCUAGAGUUCAUCUCUUACAAAACAUCAGAAAACUCACACUGGCAAGAAACCCUAUACAUGUAAGGAAUGUGGAAAAGCCUUCAGCCAGAGUUUGUUCCUUUCUCAACAUCAGAAAACUCAUGCUAGAGGGAAAACCAGGGAAUAUGGCCAAGCCUUUAGUGAGCAUUCAGCCUUUGGCCAACAUAAGAGAAUUCAUACCGGAUAA